AUGGCCAACGACGAGUAUGAUUUCCUCUUCAAAGUCGUGUUGAUCGGAGACUCUGGAGUCGGAAAGUCCAACCUUCUCAGUCGAUUCACCCGAAACGAGUUCAACCUAGACUCCAAGUCGACUAUCGGUGUCGAGUUCGCCACUAGGUCCAUCCAGGUCGACUCCAAGACGAUCAAGGCCCAGAUCUGGGAUACCGCUGGCCAGGAGCGAUACCGCGCCAUUACCUCCGCCUACUACCGAGGUGCUGUGGGCGCCCUACUCGUCUACGAUAUCAGCAAGCACCAGACCUACGAGAACGUCACGCGAUGGCUCAAGGAGCUGCGAGAUCACGCCGACGCCAAUAUCGUCAUCAUGCUGGUUGGAAACAAGAGUGAUUUGCGACACCUCAGGGCUGUUCCCACCGAGGAGGCCAAGUCCUUUGCCAGCGAAAACCACCUGUCCUUUAUCGAGACUUCUGCUCUCGACGCCAGCAAUGUCGAGCUUGCCUUCCAGAACAUUUUGACCGAGAUCUACCGCAUCGUCUCCAGCAAGGCCCUCGACAGCGGCGACAGCGCUCAGGCCACCAUAGGUGCGGGCACCAACAUCUCGCUCAGCAAGCCGGCCGACGACGAUGCUGCAAAGGGCGGAAAGUGCUGUUAA